GUUCUUCAGAGUUCAGACAGCCCUCCCUCCCUCGCUCUCCUCCUUCGUCAGUCAUCACACACCGCCUGCGGCCUGCCUGAGUCCCUGACACCAUUACCUCCCCCUCCAUCCCGGCCCUGUCCUGCGAGCCGUCAGAGGAUUGCCUCCUCGCUCCUCGUCUUCCUCAACCCCCCGUGCCCACCUGUGGCGUCACGCUUUAUAAGAGCACGCGGCCGGCAACCCUCUUCCUUGCCAUCCACCACCCUUGCCACGAGUAGAAGCUUUUGCUGCUGACGCCUGCCGCCGCCGCCGCGCCGGUUGUAGAGAAAGAGCAGGGGAGGGACACUGAAACAGAGGAGCCGAGGGGAGCGACGAGAGACGAGCGAGAGGCGGCCGGCGGAGAUCGAUGGAAGCAGCAGCAGGAGUGGAGGUGGAGGAGGGCGUGAUGAGGGUGCUGCUGGUGGACGACUCCCCCGUCGACCGCCGGGUGGCGCAGCUGCUCCUCAGCAGCAACUCCUGCGCCGGCUCAUUCCACGUCAUCGCCGUGGACAGCGCGAAGAAGGCGAUGGAGUUCCUCGGCCUCAAGGACGGCGGCGGCAAGGAGCAGGCCAUCGACAUGGUGCUCACAGACUACUGCAUGCCUGAGAUGACCGGCUACGACCUCCUCAAGGCCAUCAAGGCACUGAACCCUCUGAAGCCGAUCCCGGUCAUCGUCAUGUCGUCAGAAGACGAGCCCCAGAGGAUCAGCCGGUGCCUGAGCGCCGGCGCCGAGGACUUCAUCGUGAAGCCCCUGCAGAGCAAGGACGUGCAGCGCCUCCGGAACUGCUCCACCACCGCGGCCGCGAGGCCCAGCAGCAAGGGCGCCGCCGCGCCGUGCGAGGCCGCCGCCGUGGCCAAGCGGAAUAGCAACAAGCCGCCGCUGGUGCUGCCGCCCUCCUCCGCCGCCGCCGCCGCCACGUCGCCGUCGUCGGGACGGCGACCGAACCUCGCCGGAGUCGCCAUGGUGCUGCAGUCGUCGAGCGUGGAGCUGUCGCAGUACCUGCCGCUGCUGCUCAAGCUCAUCGUGCUGGCGUACGCCGUGCUGUGCCUGGGCGAGCUCCUGCACAGAUGGUCGUCGUCGGGCGGCCGCUGCUCGCUCUCCCCGUGGUGCGCCUGAGCAGCAGCAACGGUGCAGCGCAGUACAGUGUGCAGUCCUGGGCAGCAACAGGAAGAAGACUGAUGAUGCAAAUGCAUAGCUCUGCUGCUGCUGCAUUGCCGGCGGCCAUUUUCAGGCUCCAACAGCCGUGGAGAUUUUAGCUAGUCGUUAAUUAGUUAAUUAGUUUAGGUAGAAGAAGAUUGUCUGUCUGCUUUGAGAUUCUAACCGGGGUUCUGAUCUGAUCCAUAUGAGUGUCGGCCACUUACGUACGCUUGCUAGCUUCUCGGUGGCUUUUGUUUGUUGAUUUGAGCGAGGGAGACGUCGUAGGAAGAACGAACGAACCCAUGUAUCCUUUGUAUAGAAUGAAUCAGAAAAUUCAGAGCCAAAUUAAAGUA